AUGACGUCCGACAUCUAUGACUCGGACGACGCCAUGGGGCGGUCCCCGCCGCCCAAGCCGGCCAAGCCCAAGUAUGGGCUGGACGACCCUCCUCCACCCCCGUUCGUGACCGUGAACGACAGGGCUCACGCCAAAGCCACGGACGGAGACCCCAAGGGAACGCUCGACCGUUCCCGUAAGCCGCACCUACCGGAAACCCAGACCCAAACGCGUCACGGCGACUCGGUACUGAUGAGCUAUUUAGGGCCAGAAUGUCCGGAGGUUGCGGCGCAUGCUCGUGACUUUCCGUACUCGGACUGGUCGACCAAGCAGGAUCGGUUUCCCGUAAAUUGGAGAGUCCCGCCUGUGUCGUCAGGCAAGGAGGAGGGACCGGGCGAGAAGGAAGGGAUUAAUCGUGGGGGCUGGGAUAAAGUCGGAGGAGGAAGAGAGGAUGGUGGUGGUGGUGGUGAUAGUGGUAGUAAAAUGGACGUGGACGACGCGCCAAUUUCAACGCCUGUAUCAGCACCGCCAGCGCCAACCGCCAUAUCGAGACCGAUUGCUGGACCGGGAUCUGCUGAGGAAGAGGCCAAGUUCAAGUCUAUGGUGGAGCAAGGAGUACCGAAAUUGCAAGUCGACGAGAAAAAAGACUGCCAGACCUCGUUAUCCCCGCAAACCAAACCGUUACCCCCGGUGCUACCUCCGCCUGCGCCGCCAUCCGAUUUCAAAAGUGAGUUUGUCUCACCGCGACAGCGUCCGCGUCUACAGUCCAUCACGGAAUUCCCUCCCGUACGGCCCUCGCCGGACCUGCUCAAACGAUCUCCCGAGCUAGGCCAUCGCGUCUCUUUACCAUCUCUCCUCCAAUCCCUCUCGCCUCCACCCUCCACCGCCGGCACAUCUCCAGACUCGGCCAGUUGUCACCCCAACACCAAAACCCUCCCUUCCAUCCAAUCUGCCCUCGGUGGGUUCUCACCCAGCGAGUUCCCACCCACUCGACUCAAUGCCAUACAUCCACCAUAUCCCUACUCGUCCUGUCCGGGGUCUGCGACCUCGACAGAUUCCCCGCAUGACCGUCAACUUCCUCGACAAUUCCUGUCAUCACAUAUCCCGCCCAGUCCUUUCUCACAUCUCUCCCCUAUCAGCGCCAAGGAGCACUCCAACAAUCCCUCUCCCGCAUCUCAACCCUCCUCUGCAUUCUGGCGUGGUCCUCCCCCACCACCACCCCCUCCACCUCAGCCUGCAGUCGACACCCCGCACCCCGCAUCCUCACCCUACGACACGUCCCCCAUGACUGGCAAGAGCCCCCUCACCAGUUAUCCCACACCGACAGAGCCGGUUGUCUCCACCCCAGGGUCCAGUGAACGAGCCGCAUUGAGCUCGACUGCGCCGUUGAAUGGGACUGGAGCGACGGGCAGCUAUAAAUGCACACAUCCCGGGUGUACAGCAGCACCAUUUCAGACACAGUAUUUGCUCAACUCUCACGCGAAUGUGCACUCGCAAGACCGGCCACAUUUCUGUCCCGUGGAAGGGUGUUCUCGUGGAUUAGGUGGGAAGGGGUUUAAACGCAAGAAUGAGAUGAUGCGGCAUGGCCUGGUGCAUAACUCGCCGGGUUAUACAAUCUUCAACGGUGAGUUGAACCUACUUCUAGAAAGUGUCGCGCUUGAAGACCGAUCAACUAAUCUUGCGGCUGGGACAGACAUGUCCGUGUCCACCACGUUGAUAAAAGUAAAGACGACCCUAUCCUCCGUCAAGUUCUCGCACAACGCCCAGUUGGGAGCACACGAGGACGACGACGAAGGUCAAAUUUCGCUUGAUAAACUAACUCUGCUCCUGGGCUUUGGGGGUAGUCCCUAA